UUUUUACCGCUCUCCCCCAAAUCCAAAGCCCUAAUUUCCAAAUUUCAAUUUCGAUUUCAAUUUUCAGUCAGAUUUCUUCACCCCGCUGGCUCCAACCAAAUUCAAACCUCCGCAUCAAUGGCGGCAUUUCGAUUUACACCUUAUAUACUCAAACCCAUCUGCUCUCUCACCACCACCAACAGCAGCGCUUGACCUUCCAUUGAUCUCUUGCACUCUCUUCCUCUAGUUUUCUCGGGCUCUCUGCAAUGGCGGACCAAGGGAACACCGGGAGGGUCACCCGCCUGGCGGCGAGGAAGAGAGCGGCCGAGGAGACAAUGGUAGCCGAUAAGAGCAAGCGGACUAGGGUUGUGUUGGGGGAUAUUCAGAAUGUGUUGCCCUCUCGAGAUCAGAAGAUCGGUGCGGUCAAUGAUAAGCUGAAAAGCAAACCCCGUAGGAAUGCGAGGGUAGCGGGAGCUAAGGAAGCGAAGAUCUCUGAGGUGGAGGUGAAGAUCGAUCCCGCCAUUGAUUUGAUUGGAGAAUCUGAUGAUCCUCAGAUGUGUGGAGCUUACGUUUCUGAUAUAUAUGAAUAUCUUCACAGUAUGGAGAUGGAGGGAAAGAGAAGGCCGAUGCCGGAUUACUUGGAGAAAAUUCAGAAAGAUGUAACUGCAAACAUGAGAGGGGUUUUGAUAGAUUGGUUGGUUGAGGUGGCGGAGGAGUACACGCUUCUUCCGGAUACCUUGUAUCUAACCGUUUCCUACAUCGACAGAUUCUUGUCGUGCAAUGCUCUUAACAGGCAAAGGCUUCAGCUACUUGGUGUCUCUUCAAUGCUCGUUGCCUCGAAAUAUGAGGAGAUUAGUCCGCCACACGUGGAUGACUUUUGUUACAUAACGGAUAAUACUUACUCAAAGAAAGAUGUAGUGGAAAUGGAGGCUGACGUGCUCAAGUUCCUCCGAUUUGAAAUGGGCAAUCCCACUGCAAAGACAUUUCUCAGAAAAUUCACCAGAAUCUGUCAAGAAGAUGAUGGGGCGUUGAACUUGCAACUUGAGUUCUUGGCUUACUAUCUAGCAGAGCUGAGUUUGCUGGAUUAUGAAUGUGUAAAAUUCUUGCCUUCAAUGGUGGCUGCAUCAGUCAUGUUCCUAGCAAGGUUUACACUUCAGCCCGAACAAAAUCCAUGGACUGCGGACCUAGAAUUGAGUUCAGGAUACAAAGCUGCAGAUCUUAAGGAAUGUGUUGGCAUCCUUCACGAUCUGCAAUCGAGCAAACAGGGUGGCUCUUUAUUUGCUAUAAGGGAGAAGUACAACCACCACAAGUUCAAAUGCGUGUCUGCAUUGUCCUCGCCUGCAGAAAUCCCAGAGGCAUUUUUCCAACAGUAGAGAAGCCUCAAACAUCAAGGGAGGUGUACAUAAGAGCUUUCAAGGGCUUCAUUCUGCGGCAUUAGGUCGAACGGCGUCUUCACACUAGGUUUUCAAUUAGUGAUUGGUUUUGUAUUUAGUCAAAUUAGUGACAAUGCUAACAAGGUAGUCUUCAACAUGUUUUCCUCAGUAGAAAUAUAGAGCCUUUUGUGCUCUGCGUAGGGUUUUUGAUUUAGGAUGGUAUACUUUUGGAAAGAUGCAAGAAUUUGUCCAAUAUAUCUGUAUUGAAAUUUUUUGGUAUCAUUAUUUUCUAUAAAGAAGACAUUCAUUCA